GUGACAUUUAGCUCACCUUAAUAGAAUGUCAAAUAGAAUGUCUUUUAUACUGUUUAUUAGUUUAUUUUAAUUAUGGAGAACGCGGAAAACCCCUGUAAAACAAAGGUACACGAAAAGGUUUAUGUUUAUCCAAGAAUCGCAGAAGAAUGUCAAGAUAACGAUAGGAAAGAAAUAGAUAGGAAACCAAAAAAAAUCGACUGUAAAAAGAAAGGUGAACUUGAAGGCAUUCUCGGAAAAAAUGGUAUCGACAAAGACAUCUUGGAAAUGGCUCCACCACCAUACGCAGAUCUCGGCAAAAGAGCAAGAGACGUAUUUGGCAACGGUUAUCACUUCGGCCUAAUUAAACUAAAUUGCAAAACCAAAACAGCCAGCGGGGUACAAUUUAGUACAGGUGGUAGUUCAGACCAUGAAUCUGGAAAAGUGUCUGGAUCUCUUGAGAGCAAAUACACUGUAAAAGAUUAUGGAUUGACUUUUACAGAAAAAUGGAAUACAAACAAUACUUUGGGAACUGAGAUCGCUAUUUCAGACCAAGGAAUUAAAGGACUCAAGGUCUCUGGUAAUGUUAACUUCUCCCCACAAGAAGGAUACCAGUCAGGAGUUGUAAAGUCUGAGUACGGCAACGAAAGAAUACACCUCAACGCAGAUGUCGACUUGAACAGUAACGGUCCUGUCGUCAAAGGUUCGGCCGUCGUGGGCUAUCAAGGAUGGUUGGCUGGUUACCAGGCUGCCUUUGACGUCCAAAACUCAAAAUUGGCUAAGAGCAACUUUGCAUUAGGAUUUUCAACAUCAGGACUUUGUUCUUCAUACAUGUGUUGAACAUGACAGUAACGACGGCCAAACGUUCGGCGGUUCCAUCUACCAAAAAAUCAACCCAAAUUGGAAACAGCCAUCAACUUGUCUUGGGCAGCUAGCGGAGAAAAGACCGACUUCGGUUUGGGUUGCAAGUAUGACUUGGAUGCCGACGCAUCUCUUCGCGCCAAGAUCAACAACGCCAGUCAAAUCGGUUUAGGAUACCAACAAAAACUACGUGAUGGUGUGACUCUAACUUUGUCUACCCUAAUCGACGGCAAGAACUUCAAUCAAGGUGGUCACAAGAUUGGUUUGGCCUUGGACCUGGAGGCUUAAAUAUGUUAUUACAUCUUGUUCCACAAAUACAUAUUAGCGCCCACUUAAUAUAUUUAAGAAUCCUGUAUUGUAGAUAAUAAUUAUUUAAACGGGACUUUAGUGUAUACUUUAUUACUCCCGUUGUGUUUAUUUCAGUUGCUCCUCCCAAUUACUCCUUUUUUACACACCAUGUACACUAUACAUAUGUUGUUUUUAUUAUUAAACUCUGAAAGGCGGCAUUCUCAAAGGUUGGUGUCAAAUUAGGAGCAUAUGCAUUUUAUGUCAAAAGAAUUAGAUUGGUCUUAAGAUGGCUACAAUCCGCUUUGUGUAGUUUUUGCAAUUUUGCAGUAAAUGUGGAUUUAAUAAUAAAAACAUUUCUUCUCUCCCAACGUGUUAUUGUUGGUCUGUGGGGGAGUAUCAAGUUUGACCUGUUUAUUGUAUGUCAAGCAGAGAAGAAAAAAAGCUUCUAAUGGUUCCAGUCUUUUUUUUAUUUUAGUUGAGAGUUUUGUUUCAAAUUGAUUGUUCCGGAAAAUAAUAUUGUACACAAAAUGAUUCAAUAUAAGAUUUU